CCUGCAGAGCUGGAAAUCUGACACAGAGGAGGAAGUAGAAGGGCCUGCUGCUUCUGCUGUGGGCUUCAAUCUUUUUGCUGUAGUUUAUUUAGCAUAUGAACCAGUGAAUUUAAACAACCUCGGUGUCGGUGGAGGUGAAAGCAGGAGCCGAGCUGAGACACCGAGCUGCAGGAGAACAGCUGCCCGCAGAUCCUUCACCUUAGCUGGGAUUAAAAAGAGACGAAGCGUCGGUGGAGCAGGAGGAGAAGAAGGAGGAGGUGGAGAGAUAAGUCAGGCUCAGUUUGGUGUGUUUUCACUUCCAACAGGGUCGAAACUACAGGAAACUUUUUGACGACAAGCCUUAAAGGAGUGCGAGUAUGAGGUUGGAGCCACAGGUGUUGUAGGAUGAAGAGCCCGGCGCACCGCACCAGGGACAUCGAGCGGCAAGCUGGCUACCUGAGGCCCGAACACUGCGCCCCUCCCCCGCCCCGCACAGGCUCCGACACCAUGUGGUUCAUCCGCGACGGCUGCGGCAUCGUGUGCGGCAUCAUCACCUGGUUCCUGGUCUUCUACGCCGAGUUCGUGGUAGUGUUCGUCAUGCUGCUGCCCGCCAAGAACGUGUUCUACAGCCUCUUCAACGGGGUCAUCUUCAACGGCCUGGCCUUCCUCGCCCUCGCCUCUCACGCCAAGGCGAUGUGCACAGACCCGGGAGCCGUGCCUAAAGGGAACGCAACCAAAGAAUUCAUCGAAAGCCUGCAGCUCAAACCCGGACAGGUGGUGUACAAGUGUCCAAAGUGCUGCAGCAUCAAGCCUGACAGGGCUCACCACUGCAGUGUGUGCAAACGUUGCAUCAAGAAGAUGGACCACCACUGUCCCUGGGUGAACAACUGUGUUGGAGAAAACAACCAGAAGUACUUUGUGUUGUUCACAAUGUACAUUGCACUAAUAUCCUUCCAUUCGCUGGCCAUGGUGGCCUUCCACUUUGUCUUCUGCUUCGAGGAGGACUGGACAAAGUGCAGUAACUUCUCUCCACCAGCAACCGUCAUCCUCCUCAUCCUCCUGUGCUUCGAGGGUCUUCUCUUCCUGAUCUUUACAGCAGUCAUGUUCGGGACCCAGGUCCACUCCAUCUGCACCGAUGAGACGGGUAUCGAGCAGCUGAAAAAGGAGGAGAGAAGAUGGGCCAAAAAGUCGAGAUGGAUGAAUUUGAAGGUGGUGUUUGGACAUCCGUUCUCUAUAGCCUGGCUGAGCCCUUUUGCAGUACCCGACCACGGCAAGGCAGAUAUUUACCAGUACAUAGUGUAAAAAAAGCAGAAGACGCAGCUGAGCUCUGCUGCUUUGGACACACUGACUGAUCGAUCCUGGUCUGGUCCUCCUAUUGGCUGGACCUUGACGAGCAUGAACUCCUCUUAACCACUUCUUCUUUCGUUUAUGAAUAAUUGAUAUUUCAGGGUGUUCUGUUAACUGUAAACUAUUGAAACACGUUUAUUUUUUAAAACAUCGUCACCUUUCCCAUUUUAUGGUUUCCCCCUCUUCUUGGUGCUGACUGAGAUUAGUGAAGUGUAUCUCUACAAAAAAAACAAAAUCACAAACCAAGCAGCGACAACUUGACACGAAGCACUUAAGAGUUGGCAAAACAACAGAGACUGAGCUCUGGCUUCUUAAGACAAAAAUCUCCUGCAGUAUGUCAGAUCAUUUCCAAGACUAAACAAUGUGAACUCAAUCUGGAAAGCGGCGCAGUCCGGGUGCCGAGAUGCUCCCCAGGUUACGUCUUCCUUUAAUGAUGCUGUCACUGCUUCAUUUGCUGUAUUUUUCUUCUUUUUUUUUUGUCGUUGCAAUAGUGUCUUUUUGUUGUUGCUGAAUGCUGUGGAUGAUUUGCCUUAGAACAGUGCAUUAGUGGCAUCUGCUAGUCAUUUUGCCUUAAUGUGACAGUCAGGGUGAAAUGGGAUCACACAUGUUUAAACACUGUGUGAAGAGAGUUUGUUUUAUCCGUCUUUGAUGCCCGAUAAGUGGAUUUCUUUUGUCUGCAGUAAACUCCACCAACUUGGCAGCACAAGAUAGAGUUAUAACAAACUCCAUAUAAAGACAGUUCGAUCAAGUUACUCUGUUGUCUAAAAUGGCCACUAGCCAAGUCUCUGCUCCGACCAGAGUGGAGUCACUGUAAAGGACAUUAAAAGGCUGUAGGAGCAAUAAUCUAAUAGUGGACAGUUAAAGUUAUAAUCCUUAAGACUUAAUUCAUGGUUGAUUUAAUGACACUUGGUUUUUUUGGGCACCUUUCUAGGAGCUCACUGUGGCUGCUGCUCCUUCUUCCAUAACUCUGCAAUAUUUUAAAACAGAUCUGCUUCCUAAAAAAAAAAAGCUUGAAAAUGGCUUUUGUUUUAUUUUGUACACACACAUUUUUUGACAAACAAAUGUGGUUAAAUUGUGUUUCCUGUGCUUCACCAUAGCAACAGCAGCAGCAGUCGGAAAUGGCGGGUUUGCACUAGCAGUGACUACACACUAUCUCUCACAGGGUUAGGAGAGUGAACAGUAAACCAUUAGGCUGUUAUCAGUGAUUUACACGACGCUGUGAAUCCAUCAGGCACAGGAAGACAAUCUGAAUCUAGCGCAGGAUUGGUGGACUCUACUUUUUAAGUAUUUAUCUCAACACGCUGAUCGGCUACUGCUGAAUCAAACCAGACUAUAAAUAAUAUAAAAAAGGGAUUUUUAAGGAUUACAACUUUAAAAUCACACAUUUUAACACUUGUUUCUAUUCCAAGAGGCAGAACAGCUUUUACAAUAUUGAAAAGUAACACUUGAGUUUAAGAAUCGACCAGGCAGUUUAUCCAGUGUCCACCUUUUUUGUGUGUGUGUGUGUGAGGUAAAUCUAUCCGACCUCUCUGCUUACAAUAACCAUUUCCAUCUCGGUCAUCAGCUCAGAUGGAAAGUCAGGGAAUAAAGCAAUACACGUUGCUCUCUGAGUGCACUGACCUUAAGUGUAAUUCACUCGCUCUAAAUUGAUGGAAUUUGCCUGUAGAUAAUCCAGUUAGUCAUAGAUUGUAGUUAUGAGCCUAACAGGGAGAAUAAGCCUUACAGGAUCAAAUGUGGAUGAAGAUUUAGGCCAAUGGGAAAUGUUCACCGAAGCCUGAAAGACCACGCUAAACAGGCACAUUUUAAUUGUCACAGCUGCGGCUAAUACAAGGCCACCCAGUGUGAAAAGUGAGUGGAGAAAAAGGUUUUCUUUGUGUCGACUAACAGCACAUUUGACUUUGGUUAAUAAGAUUUUGAUGCAGGUAGAAAAUUGGCCACUUCAAAGCAUUUAACCCUAAAAAUGCCUUUUUCUCAAAUGUGUUGAAAAGCCUUACUGUAGUUAAACACGUGCUUUUGAAGACGAUUAGAGGAAUUAUUUGAAUGUACGUUGCCAAAUUGAGUGCUUUACAAAAAGGGAGGCAAUAAAGUUUUGAGUUUCAAGAGUAGAGCUUCGUCGAGAGCCAACAGACAUUUUUUGAAUAGUUUUAAAAUCACUGGAGUUUUUAACAAAAAAAAAAAAGUAAAAAAUGUUACAGAUGUUACCGUUGACAUGCAAAGGUUGCUAUCCAGUUUACAGACUACACCAGCUUUCUUCUUCUUUCUUGAAUACAUUCGAUAUGUUCUGUGUUUUCUGGUAUGAAAACUAAUCGUACCACAAAAUGUUUCUUUUUUUUUAUUGUUGUAUUUGUUCAAAGGGGGAUGAAAUAAAACAGUACGUAUGUGAUACAACAUUUUAUGCAAUUUUUAUUUACUCAGUUUCACAGUUUAUUUUGUAUUUUUGUAGAUAAUGUUU